UUUAAAAGAGCGGUUCGUUUCACCUCGCUGCAAUCUGCCCAUGGCUUUCUUGAUGAAGAAGAAGAAAUUCAAGUUUCAGAUCAAUUUCACCUUGGAAGAGCUGACCGCGGUUCCUUUCGUGAACGGUGUGCUGUUCUGCAAAAUCCGGCUGUUGGAUGGGGGCGACUUCAUCACAUCAUCCUCUAGGGAAGAAGUUCAAGAGAACUGUGUUCGUUGGAAAAAGAAAUUUACCUUCAUCUGUAAGAUGAGUGCCAGUCCCACCACAGGGCUCCUGGACCCUUGCAUCUGCCGAGUGUCAGUCCGCAAAGAACUGAAGGGGGGAAAAACCUAUUCCAAGCUGGGCUUCACCGACCUGAAUUUGGCCGAAUUUGCAGGCUCCGGCCUCGCAAUCCGAUGCUGUUUGUUGGAAGGAUAUGACACCAAGAACACCAGGCAGGACAAUUCCAUCUUGAAAGUGAUGAUUGGCAUGUCCCUCUUAUCCGGAGACCCUUGUUUCAAAACCCCGCCCUCCACAGCCAAAUCCAUCGCCAUCCCAGGGCAAGACUCCACCCUUCAGCUCACCUGCAAAGGGGAGGGCACCAGCAAGACGGUGCCCCCCAGCGCCAACGCGGCGUCUUCGGUCGGUUCCGUCCGUCAGAACAAGCCCAGGGCCACCAUCCUUGGAUCAGGCGUUCUGGAAGAGCCGGACCAGAACUUGUCGAGCCCGGAAGAAGUAUUCCAUUCGGGACAUUCACGGAAUUCGAGUUAUGCCAGCCAGCAGUCUAAAAUCUCUGGAUACAGCAUGGAGCAUUCCAGAUCCUCCAGCCUGUCGGACUUGACCCACCGCCGGAACACCUCCACCAGCAGCAGCGCCUCGGGGGGUCUCAGCAUGACGGUGGAAUACCCGGAGGGCGAACGGGAGCACCGGUCGGAGAAGCCCCCACGCCCCCCCAGGCCAAACCUGUUGCCGGACAGAUCUUCCCGAAGGAAAAAGGAUUCCGUGGAAAGCCACCCCACCUGGGUGGACGACACCCGGAUCGACGCAGUUGACAUCGUGGAGAAGAUCAUGCAGAGCCAGGACUUCACGGACGUCAGCAACACUGAAGAUAGCAAUCUCAGGCUGUUUGUGAGCAGAGAUGGCACGACAACGCUAAGUGGGAUUCAGCUAGCAAACAGAGUCUCCUCUGGAGUUUACGAGCCAGUGGUAAUCGAAACCCAUUAAAUGUGAACAAGAUGGGGUACACCUGCUGGAAACCCGUCUCUGCAGUUUGGGUGUGGCUUUUCCUCCACACCCCUCCUUCCUUCCUUCCUUCCUCCCUCCCUCCCUUCCUCCCUUCCUCCCUCCCUCCCUCACUGCACAUAACAUUCCGGGCAGGACUCCCAAAUUCCCCGACUUAAGCACUCCUCAUCUGCCCAGAGGUACUCUGAAACAGGCACUUUAUGUGGGAUCUGGGAAGAUGCGCGGAUCCUAUUUGGAAGGAUGCGACCCACCAUCCUGCCACUCGCAAGGGCCCCCUUGGAGGGAGAGCAACUCAGGACUCUCGUUCAGAGCAUCGUGGCUCGGUAAGCGUGGUUCGACCAGGCCUUCCUCCUUCCACCGCCGAGUUGCACCGCUGUGAAUGCUCCUUUCUCGCUCUCCUGCCCAGGAAAGGCUCAAUGUGGGAAGGGAAGAACCGCUGCAAAUCGUACGCAGAAGCGCGACGGCCACAGGGACUCGGUUGCCAAAGCGCCUGGCUCAUCCGCAGCUCCUCUCUUGCAGGCCACAAGAAAUUAUCGCUCUCUGAUAACCAAGGAACGAAGGCCCCUCGCUAUGUCACUAGCUUCCCUUUGAACUGAAAGUCCCCCCAAGCUCUGUCUUUCAUAGGAAACGGCUUGUCUCUUUUCGGUCCCCUCGGAAAGUCUGUUUCAAGCAUCCGUAAGCCACAGACACAGGCGGUUUUGCAGACGCUGAGCGCCAGUCAAGGUUCCGGUUCAACGUCCCCCUUCUCCUGCAGGACAAGGAAGGGGGCUGACCUCGGCCAGCUGCCAUUCAAGGGGACGCUUGAAGAACCCCAAACAAGCCCAGGAAGAAGCGUUGGAAUGCCGGUUUUCAGUGGUGGGAACUGCGGCUGACUUUUUCAUAUUUUUAAAAAAACGGUUAUUUCGGGCAACACACGGUCCCUGCUGCCAGGUGAUGGGGGGAGAGCCCCAAGCUAUUUGGGGCUCUGCCUUUGCGUGGAGAUGCAGUAGAAAAAUACUCCACGUUAGCCCCGGCAUCAUGGCCUUCUCGAUGCAAAACACACUGGGUGAGAAUUCUGUUGCUUUGGGACAGGAGCACUCCUGCAUUGAGAAGGUGCCAGGGCCUCCUGUCCCGCUGUCCAAGCCACGGUGGAGAGGUCUGGAUUCCAGCCCACCCAAGAUGUCUCCAGUCACUUGCUUUCCCACGGAGCACAUGGCGUCCGAGCUGAAUCGAGGUCCAUAAGCAGUGAAACGAGGAGGGUGGAAUUCUGAGGUCAUCGGUCAACUGUAUGUCUUCAGCUAGGUUCUACCCGCUUUGCAGGGUGCGGGUGGGGGGAAAUUCCUGGGAUUGUCCUUCAGUUGGAUCGAUGCUUCCUUGCCCUCUCCACCCAAAUACUGAGAUUUGGGUAGGAAGAAAGGUAGUUGUACAGGAACAGUGAAGCUGUGAGCUGGAUUUCCCCAUCUUGCAUCCUAAUUUAUUUCUUCUGGCAGCUAGAUCUGGAAGCCUGGAGCAAAGGGCCGUUCCUGUGCAGUUUCAUCCUACGCAUUGGCUCCUCCCGCCCUUCACUUGUUGCUUUUUUGGGUGCGGCAGGGAGGACUCAGCUUUUCCCCAUUGCAAGGCAGUAGCUAAGAGCCCUGCUGUCCUUAAACAGUGUUUGGCCUUGGUGCAUGCAUCAGUACGAGCCCGCGCGCACACGCAUUUGACAUGGUUCUGCAAAGUGAGAGGGGCUGGCCUGGGGCUGCCACCUCCCCCAGACUCCCUUUAGAUAGCAACUGUGCUCCGAAGCGAGAGAGCACAAAUGGAAUUUAAGAGCAGGAUCAGGCAUUGGGGAGUGGGGCACCUGAGCAUCUCUUCCAGGCCAGGCCUGUGGUUCCUUGAGUGGUAGCAAGGCGGUCAGCGGGUGAGGGCUUGCCAAAAGUUGGGUCCCCCCCCACCAUUCGCCAGAACAUUCCCAUCUCAGCUGAGCUAGCCAAAGGUUGUGUGAGCUGAACUCCAACCCAGCUGGAAGGCACCGUGUUGGGCAGGCCAGAGAGCUGCAGUCUCUCCCUGAACACCAGAGAUCCUCACCCUGAUCUUCAUGGCAUGUAUGGAAUAAGGAGAAACUGGGGAUGGUUAGAAUCUCCAGGACAGACCUGGAGAAAUCCAUUGGGAAGUUAGUGGCCAUCUGAAACCCUUGCACCACCAUGACAGAAGAUGCCCUCUAGCAAGCAGGGCCCUUUCAAGUGUGGCAACCACGGUCCUCAUGCCUGUUUGCUAAGAAGGGCCUGGUGAAUUGGAAAAAACUAACUCUUCCUAACCCUAACUGGAGAUAUGUUGGUUGGUCUCAGUGGCUGGUCCCACCUUGAUCGGGUGAGGCGAUAAAGCUUGAUUUUUUUUUUCCUCAUUGGCUAAUUCUGCUGUUUAAGACAUUGGUCACACGUGGCAAAGCACUAUCUGGGAUAAUUAACUUAAGAGAUGCCAUUUGGAGAAUGGUUGGUUUUAAAAUUGACAUUCUUACACCACCACUGUUUCCCUCCCCCCUGCCCUUUUGAUUUUGAAAUGUAUUGAUUUUUUGUUUAUCGACCCAGCAGGCUGGUGUGUGUGUGUGUGCUGCGAAUUUUGGAGGGGGGGUUGAAAUCACUGUUUCAUUGCUAUGUUAUCUGUUGGGCUGUGGUGGUUGGGUGCUUCUUGUUUUAAUGAUUAUGUCUAACUUGAGCAGGGAGGGCGAGAGGAACCCAGGUCUUGAUUUCUCUCAUUGCUUGCACGCUGCAUUCCUUCACCCACCCAGCGUGGAUCAGAUAGCCUUUGAUUCGGUGAAAUGUCAGAUGGUGCUGAUGCCCGAGCUGUGAUCGUGGCCGGGAGGGAGCAGAACUGGAUUCUGCUCUCCUUCCACACACGGUGCCAAAUUCGGAGGCUUGAUGGUUCUGCAGCAGAAAACUUUUUGGCGUUUCGAUAAAAGGUUUCUGGAGAUGGGGUUGAACUGUUCCUGGAGCGUGGGCACCCUUCAGCUGUAAGAGCCCUCCCCAUUUUGCCAAGGUGGUGAUGAGACCACGAUGGUGGUGAUCAUUUCGGGUCAGCGACCGGAUGAAAAACUUUGCAAAGCUGGCGUGGACAAGAAGUCCUUCCGGUGUGGUGCAGAAUGGCACGCUUUUCAGUUCCCCCAAUGCCCCCCUCCAGUCUCUCCAGAGAAUUUAUUUCCUAUUCCUUUGGUUAACACGAAGUUUCUUUUCUUUUUUAAAGUAGCUUGUCUGCAGUGACACGCUCCCAAAUGGCUUCCUUUUUUUCCCCCUUCCUUUUAAUUAUGCUUCAUUCUGCAGUUAAUCUUCCCCUUUGGAAAAAAAUUUAAAAAGAAAAAAAAACUUGAUGGAUGCAGCUGGACUGCACCCGUGUUGUGAACCUCUGGAAGGUUGCUCACCCCCCACCAUCCCGACCCACCAGGUACAGAUCAAGAUGCCCCUCCUGGAGAGGGGACGCAAUGGGGAGCAGAUCUCUCCUUUGCACGAUCUCAGGAGCUGCUAGAAGAACAUUUCAUCUUCCUGCUCUAUCUGCCACCCUCAAGGUUGGCUAUUAUUGUUUCUUAAGCCCUGUAGACGGGGCUGGUCUCUUAGAGGCACAAUCCCCAACCUCUAGAACUGGUAGCAAAAUUUUGUGGCUGUCCAGUUCUUCCCUAUCCAAAUACCUUAUUCCCCCCUCUAGCCAACUUCAAAGCUGUAACCCAGUUUCUCAGCCUUGGCCACUUUAAGAUGUGUGGACUUCAGCUCCCAGAAUUCCCCAGCCAGCCAUGUGAUGUUAGCCAGCCCAUGCUGGCUGGGGAAUGCUGGGAGUUGAAGUCCACACAUCUUUAAAGUGGUCAAGGCUGAGGAACUCAGCUCUAACCUUACGUCUUCCCUGCCCUACUUCCGAGGACAAAGAUCCUUCCCCUUCACUCCUCCCAAAAUAAACUUGGAAUGUAAAAGAAUAAGCUCUGAUUCUUGACCUUACUUUAAGAAGUAACGUUUCCUAGUUUUUCGUUGCUUUUUAAGCCCAUAUUUUUCAGGGGGUUGAAAAAAGAAAUUGCAUUUAUUUUCUUGGAAAGUGAAUGAAAAGAGAUUCAAAAGGCACGCUCGAUUUAUAUUCAGAUAUUUCUAUAGCAGGAAAGAUAUUUUUGGAAGGGAGAAAGCAGAAGAAAAAAAUAAACAGGACUAUGCAAAAUUUAAGAUAAAGAAUUGCCAGAAGAGAUAGUUUUAAUGUGUUCUGAACUUUGAAAUCUAAAAGCGGAUUAAAGCUGAAAUGUGCUGCCAUCCAUAAAAGCAUUUAUAGAAAAGAUAACUAGGGUUUAUUUUUCCCCAUCCCACCCCUGCUGCUCCAUUUUCAGAUAUAUUUUUUGAAAAGUUUUGGGCCUGGAGAAGAAUCAGUUUUAGGUCUGCAUAUUCCCCCACCCAGUUUUAACUUGAUCUUCUAGUAUUUAUCAUUUUUGUAUUGAAUGCUGUGCUGUCUCAACCAGUCUUGUUUGUAUUUUCUGUUAGCUGGUUCCUGAUGUAGAGAAGCCACAGUUAUUAAAGAAAAAAAAAAAUCACUAUAAAAUCAAAUGUCAUAAUGGUUUGGGGGCAAAAAAAUAAAGGUUGGGUUUCCUUUGGUACAUCA